CCGAAACUAAACAAAACGAUAAUAAAGUUUCAAAAUUCCAUGAUAUUUUCGUGACGGGUAUAGACUAUAAAAAAUGAUAACAAACAAAUUACAUGAUUUUUGUUUCGUUAAAUGGUAAAAGAGUUGAUAAUAUCUCAGAUAAAAAAAAAUUUAACAUAAUUUCUUUUUAUCUAAACGUCAUCUUAUUUCUGUAAUGACAUGUCAACGAGAGAGCUACUUUCACUUUAUCUUUUUAUACUACAUUUCCUUUACAAUGAUGCUGUUUUUGCAAAGUCCGGUGCAUGUAGAAAGCUGUCUCUUUUGGACUUAGUUAUAAAAGAUGAAUGCCCGAGUGUCUUUAUUCUACACAGUUUCAAAUCGUGGAAAUUUAAUCGAAGGCAGGUGCUUGCUAGAUCUUUUCCUUUGGACCCCAUCGUACAGAACUACGUGAGACAAGUCCACGACAGUUUAUUUUCCGUCACAUACCCUAUGCCUUUAAAGUCACAGACCUACCUUGUGUCAUAUUCUAAGUCAGUUCUCGUCGAUAUUUUGGACUUGUCAGACGAUGUUGUCAAGAGUGCAGAGUUUGUGAAUUUUGUGAGUGGAGCUAAGGUAUCACCUGGUUCUAUCCCCCUGUCACACAGGUAUGGAGGGCACCAGUUUGGCUACUGGUCAGGUCAGCUGGGGGAUGGACGGGCAGUGAUGUUAGGGGAGUACACCAAUCAACAAGGAGAGACAUGGGAGCUUCAGCUGAAGGGGUCGGGGCGGACUCCAUAUUCUCGUCGUGGGGAUGGGAGGGCGGUUCUCAGAUCAUCAGUCAGAGAGUUCUUAUGCAGCGAAGCAAUGUUUCAUCUUGGUAUUCCUACCAGUCGUGCAGCAGCUCUUGUGGUGUCAGAUGACCCUGUGAUACGCGACCAAUUUUAUGAUGGAAAUCCGAAACCGGAGAGAGGUGCCAUUGUCUUACGACUGGCUCCUUCCUGGUUCCGGAUCGGGUCUCUGGAAAUCCUGGCCAAAAACAACGAGAUUCAACUUCUUCGACAGCUUUUAAACUUCGUAAUUGAAAAAUACUUUCCCCACAUAGACAAAACUGACCAGGAUAAAUACCUAGCUCUGUACAGUACAAUUGUGUCAGAAACUGCGGAACUGAUUGCAAAAUGGCAGAGUGUGGGCUUCACCCACGGUGUUUGUAAUACAGAUAAUUUCAGCCUGCUUUCCCUCACAAUUGAUUAUGGACCUUUCGGAUUCAUGGAGGAAUACAACCCAAACUUCGUACCAAACACCUCCGAUGAUGAAGGGAGGUACAGUUAUGAAAACCAACCUGGUAUUGGUGUUUUUAACUUGGAAAAAUUAGGAGAAGCAUUAAAACCGGUACUGAGACACCAUCAGACAGAACAAAUACAACAUAUACUGAACGGUUAUGAGAGAAAUUACAAGGAAAAGUUUAUGGAACUAUUUAGACAGAAACUAGGGUUGUCUACUGAUAAUGAAGAUGAUGAAAAUAUUGUUGCAGUAUUUCUGAAAAUCAUGGAAGACACCAAGUCAGAUUUCACUAUGUCAUUUCGAGAACUUGGAGAAAUUGAUCUGAUGGGAUUAAACUCUGAUACUAUACCUCACAAAUACUGGGCAUUGACCACAAUGGCAGAUCAUGAGUGGUUCUGGAAAUGGAUUGCAAUCUACAAAACCAGAUUAACACAGGAGGGAACAUCAGAGAAAACGAGACAGUCCCUUAUGAAUAAAACAAACCCUAGGUACAUACUGAGAAAUUGGAUGGCCCAGGAGGCAAUACAAAGGGCAAACAGAAAUGACUUUAGCGGGGUUAUCGAACUUCUCAGGGUCCUGGAACACCCCAUGGAAUGGAACGCAGAAGCAGAGGAGGCAGGCUACUCCUCCCUACCCCCAGAGUGGUCCAAAUCACUCCGGGUCAGCUGCUCUUCAUGAGCCUAAUUUGUAUACAUGUAUUGAGGUGUAUUUAUUAAAACGUUUUACCAUGUU